GGCGGGCGGGCUCCCGGAAGUGGCAGCGGGGUCAGAGACAAGCUGGGCUUCAGCGGCGGCCGGCGCGGAGUUUUGUCCGCAGAGAUUGGCGGAAGGUAUGAGUUCCUUCGGCGGACAGAUGGUUGAGUAUCCAACCAUCUCCAUAGACCGCUUCGACCGGGAGAACCUGCGGGCGCGUGCUUACUUCCUGUCCCACUGCCACAAGGAUCACAUGAAAGGAUUAAGAGCCCCUGCCUUGAAAAGAAGAUUGGAGUGCAGCUUGAAGGUUUACUUAUACUGUUCUCCUGUUACUAAGGAGUUGUUGUUAACUAACCCAAAAUACAGAUUUUGGGAGAAACGAACUAUAUCAAUUGAAGUUGAAACUCCUACCCAGAUACCUUUAAUCGAUGAGGCGUCAGGCGAGAAGGAAGAGAUUGUUGUGACUCUAUUACCAGCUGGUCAUUGCCCAGGAUCAGUUAUGUUUUUAUUUCAGGGCAAUAAUGGAACUGUCUUGUACACAGGAGACUUCAGACUGGCAAAAGGAGAAGCUGCCAGAAUGGAGCUUCUACACUCUGGGGGCAGAGUAAAAGAUAUCCAAAGUGUAUAUUUAGAUACCACUUUCUGUGAUCCAAGAUUUUAUCAAAUUCCAAGUCGGGAGGAGUGUUUAAAUGGAAUCUUAGAGCUGGUUCGAGGCUGGAUCACUCGGAGUCCCUACCAUGUUGUGUGGCUGAACUGCAAAGCAGCUUAUGGAUAUGAAUAUUUAUUCACCAACCUUAGUGAACAAUUUGGAGCCCAGGUUCAUGUGGAUAAACUGGACAUGUUUAGAAACAUGCCUGACAUUCUCCAUCACCUCACGACAGAUCGCAGCACCCAGAUCCACGCCUGUCGCCAUCCAAAGGCAGAGGAAUAUUUUCAGUGGAACAAAUUACCCUGUGGAAUUACUUCCAAAAAUAGAAUUCCACUCCACACAAUCAGCAUUAAGCCAUCCACUAUAUGGUUUGGAGAAAGAACAAGAAAAACACAUGUAAUUGUGAGGACUGGAGAGAGUUCCUACAGAGCUUGUUUUUCUUUUCAUUCUUCCUACAGUGAGAUUAAAGAUUUCUUGAGCUACAUCCGUCCUAUGAACGCAUAUGCAAAUGUCAUUCCAGUAGGCACAACUAUGGAUAAAGUUACAGAAAUCUUAAAGCCUUUAUGCCGAUCUUCCCAAAGCACUGAGCCAAAGUAUAAACCACUUGGAAAAUUGAAGAGAGCUAGGACAGCUCACCUAGACUCAGAGGAGGAAGAUGAUGAUCUCUUUGAUGACCCUCCACCAGUACCUUUAAGGCACAAAGUUCCAAACCAGGAAACUCUUCACCCUGAGGUCUUUUCAAUGACUGCAAUAUCACAAAAUCAUGAGGUCUUUUCAAUGACUGCAGUAUCACAAAAUCAUGAGGUCUUUUCAAUGACUGCAGUAUCACAAAAUCAGCCUGAAAACCUGAGACAAAGCACAGGAUGCUUCAAGGAGGAGAGUAUGCCAACCUCUCUUUUGGCAAACUUUGUAGAUUGUCAAGAAUCCAACAGUGAAAGUGAAGAGGAAUCAGGCAUCCCGGCUUCAUUGCAAGGGGGGAUGGAUCCUGUAGCACUUCACCAGCAGAAGUCUGAUGUGGACGUACCGCAGUGGGAAGUAUUCUUUAAAAGAAAUGAUGAAAUCACAGAUGAUGGUUUGGAAAAUUUCCCUUCUUCCGCAGAAGCAGGGGCAUCUCAGUCACCAAAGCUUUUCAGUGACUCUGAUGGGGAAUCAACCCACAUCUCUUCCCAAAAUUCUUCUCAGUCAACACACAUAUCAGAACAAGGCAGUCAAGGCUGGGACAGCCAAGCUGACACAAUUUUGUUACCUUCCCAAGAGAGAAACUGUAAUGAUACUACUUCCUUAAACAAAGGUGGCUACAGACCAAGAAUCAAAGGGAAUAUUCCUGCCUCCCAGCUGGAACAAAAUGUACUUUGCCCAAAGGAUACUUACUCUGAUUCUAGAAGCAGAGCUCAAGAUGUAAAUAUAGUUCCUGGUGUUGGAGAACCAACUACUAUAAGUAGUGGGAAAAACAAACCUGAGGAAAAAUGGUUGCUAAAUCCUGGCACAAAGGCAGAUUCUCAGAGCUCCUCUGAUUUUGAAAUUCCCUCAACUCCAGAUGCUGAGCUACCUAAACAAGAACACUUACAAUAUUUAUAUGAGAAGCUGGCAACAGGUGAGAGUGUAAUAGUUAAGAAAAAAAAAACCUCACUCUUAGAUAUUUAAAGAAUCAAAAUUACUUCAUUCUAGAGCAACUGCUAAAAAACCUGUACAGAGAAAUAAUAGUCAAGAUCACAAUAAAUAAAAUCGAAUACUUAGAAGUGUUCAGAUAACCUAAAAGAAGGCAGGAAAGGGGAAACAGAGGAACCAAAAACAGAGGGAACAAAAAAAAAAAA